AACAGGUGAAAAACCCCCAGGUGUUUUAAGAGUUUAGAUAUGAAUAGUAGACUAAAUUACUAAUAUACAGUAAGUAAUUAAUUUAACCUGUUUUUACACAUUAUUACUUACAUAUAAGUUAUUCUCUAUAUUGCUUAUAAGUUAUAUAUACAAUAAUAGGCCAAGACUGAGAUUUUUUUUGUAGUCAGCACUCACACACACAGCAGUUUUUGAAGCACAAUCAAGUUUUACUGCAGCAGCAAAUGUCUGUUAAUUUUUAUUGUGUGUGUGUGUUCAAAGGCUUUCAGUCAAGUAGACUUUUAUGAUAAAUUUGAUUUUUUUCAAUAUUCACCCCUUUGAUCAGGGAUUGAGUUUACUGUAUUUGAUUGAUCCUCACUCAGGUACAUGCCUACUAUCUCAACUGAAUUUGUAUCUUUGUUUUCAGUCUUGCUUAUGAAGAGAAGGAAAAUGGGGUAGCUACUAAUAUGCCCUAAUAAAUCCAGUGUGCUGCCCUUCCCUUUCACACACCACUACCACCACCACCUACAUCCAACCCCUGUAUCUGGUUCUUGAAUUAGUCCCAUGUAUGUCAUCAGUCCUUGUGUCUGAAUCAUAUUAUUAUCAUAGUGCAAUGGAAUUAUAGGAAACAAUCAGGCAGAGGAACUCAUGCGCUGGCGUUGCCACCAAUAGUUGUGUCACUGUGUGGGGGGGAGGGAUUACUUGAUCACACUGUGUUUCCUGUUUCACACACUGUUUCUCUGAAAACUCCAAAGAACUGACAGCUCCAACCCACAAACACGCAAACACACACACACACAAACACACACACACACAGACAAACACACAGGCUACCUUUAACACUUUAUUUGACUCAGCUUUAAAGGAAUUCUACAGAUAGCUUAAAGCCAGCAUGCCUCAUCUUGUUAGGGAAUUUAGUGAUGUCCUCGCCUGGUGAUAUAUUGCGAUAAUCAGCCUUUUUUUUUCUAAGUGAAACUAACACUCAUCUAAAGUUGUUUGUUUAACUUCCUCAAGGUCUACUCUUCCAACAUGGACUUUGUCUUGGUUUUCCCACUGUUACUUGCCUUCCUUUCCACUGGAGAGAGUUACACUGAGGUGACAGAACAAACCACUAUGUCAUGUUAUGCAGUGUGCCCACCUGGAUAUCAUAAAGUUGGUGCUUGUAAUGAUCCUGGAAAGCACAGAUGUGAGAAAUGUGAUAAUGGCACAUUCACAGAAAAGCACAACUUAAUACAGAGAUGCCUGAGGUGUGAAUCAUGUGGCCAUUAUGAGGUGGAAAUAAAGCCCUGCUCCUUUAAUAGUAAUGUGGUAUGUGACUGUAAAGAGGGAUACUACAGUACAGGCUCUAACCCUGCCACAAGAUUUUGUCGUUCAUGCCACUGUAAAAACAGGGCUGAUAAUAAUCCUGACUACAAAAGGAAGUGCCAGCACUGCCAAAGUAAGGGGUGUUUGAAAGACCCAGAAUGCAAGAGGAAUUCUACUGCAACUACAGUUCCACCUUCUACAAAUCCACCUACAACUACAACCACAUCUGCAACUACAUCUACAACUAUAUUUAUGACUAAAUCUAUGACUUCGACUGCUACAGCUAUAUCUACAAGAACCACAGCUUCAGACAAUGCAUCGACUCCUACUGGGAAUCCAUUUCCAAAUAACUUGAACAAAACCUGGCUGUAUCUCAUGGGGGUUAUGGCAACAUUUCUGGUGCUGUUUUGGCUCCUGCUCUUCACCAAGAACCUGUUCAGAUACCCAGACAGUUGUCCCUGCUGGAGUCCGAACAAAGACCUGGAGCCACCUGUCGAGGACCCCAAAUCCAACGAACAACACAGUCAUCGAGACGACAGCCCGACUACACUGACAUUUACCAUAUCGGAGGAAACUCCCAUGAUGACUCUCAGUCAGAGUCCAGCCACACCAGAACAUGCAGCCCACAUCCGUCAACUACUGCCAGCUGCCAGACAAGAUGAGCAAUCGGAGCACUGGCCUGCCAUCGUCCUCUACGCGAUUAUCAAGGAGGUGCCCUUGCGUAGAUGGAAGGAGUUCUUGCGUCUGCUCUCGGUGGCAGAUCAGCAGCUGGAGCGGGUAGAGCUGGAGGCCGGUUUGGGUCUGGGCUCCUUGGAGAGGCAGUACCAGAUGCUGAGACUGUGGAGCCAGCGCUCCUCUGCGAGCCUGAAUGAUGUCUUCUCAGCCUUGCACUGCAUGGAUUUAUCUGGCUGUGCCCAGCUGCUGCAGGAAAGCCUGGAGAAGCUGCAGUGGAGGCCUAAACUGUAGGACAGUUUCACAGCCUGCAGAAAUUACACAGACCAUGGUUUCAAUGGGGCAAUGCAGGGUACCUGAGGCUGCACCUGGGACACAAAUACCAUACUAUCACACAAUGAGAGACAUCAGUACUUGAACCUUGGACACCAGUGCAUAAGACAAGAAACUUCCUGGAAAGGACGUUACUAAUUGUCGCUACUACAUGGUACAACCACAGAAAACUGCAGUAAUGUCACAAAUGAUCCAUACUGAGUAAUGCAGAUGUACAGUAUAUUACAAUCUAGCUAGUUAAAUGGCAUUACGGAGCACUGUGGAGAUCAUGAUAGGCCCAACUACAAUUGGAGUACUUCCUCUUUUCCUACUUCUUUUAACGGGUAAAUAUCAUCAAAUGCACUCAAGACAAGUGUAUCAUAUUUCCUUUCUUGAGUCGAACUUUAUUUUACCUCCAAACUGAAACUUAAAAUGCAGAAUGUACAUAUAGACAAUAAUAGAUUUGUUGCAGUGCAGAGUCAGUUGCAGAACUGGAGUUUGGAUCAUUAAGUGGCUUUCUCAAAUGCAUGUGACGACAACAACAACAACAACAACAGUUGCAUUUUUAAGGACAUCAUGACCUGUUAAAACUUAGGCAGAACUCUAGUAAUCUAGGUGGAAAUAAUUAGGGGAAUUCCCCUUCCAUUAGCUGUACAACCAAAACAUACCACUAAACCUCUAGCUUCUCGUAUGGCCUCUCUUAAAGCCCAACGGUGAAGGUCUGUGGUUUUACAGCAGAGUGCUGAAAUAUAAAUGUGUGAAAAUCUAUGAUUGUGUAUGUGUGUUAAGGUUAAGCAGAAGUGCUGAAAAGGAAGAAAAAAAAUCCUUUUUAGAAUUCUGUGGGAGUUUUUUGUACCUCCACAAAUCAGUUUACUAUUUUUUGGCAUUUAUCUAGUCAAAGUAAAGAGUAUUUAAACUGUAUGAACAUUUCAGAGUACAUCUAUGAUGUAUGAGCAGUACUGAUGCGGAUCAUUUCACCACAUCUGACAUUUCCUUCAUCUCGUUUGACAUGAAAGUCUAGUCUAAUAACUCAGCCACUGAUUCUUGUUGCACACCCUCGCAAGGGAAGAAAACUGAAAUCCCCACAGGACGUCAGAUUUUCAGUUUCUUGCAAAUAAAUGGUGUCAAUGUGCAGCAGGCUGGGUUUUUCCUCACCACACAUAUUCCGUCCAAACUGAUGGUUUCCUGUUGUGGGGUUGGGGUAUCUCACUUUGAGAGUUUUUGUGUGUCAAUUCAGUUACUGACAGUAAAAGAGUUGGACUUUCCAAUUAUUGGAGUUAAUUUAUGAAUGUUUUAAUAUGAAUCUAGGUGUGUUGUUUUUGGCUUUGGGCCUUGAGACAUAUGUGUGUGUAUAUACAUUUUAUAAUGAUUGUUUUUCAUUUUCUGAAACCACUUAUGGAUGCUUGCAUAUUUUGUUACAAAACUCAAUGAGUGGAUUAUCACACUGAAGGAAUUGUGUCCUCAGUAUACUCACCUAUGGUACAAAUGUAUGGUAGUAUGGUACUGUAAGAGCCUGAGUGAAAAGUGUCACCAUACAGUAUGUCAUGAAUAAAACUCUUGGCCACAA